UACUCUCUCCUCUUCUCAUACUUUGGAGCAGAGAAGGUGAGGACGAGCCUUAUAAUGCGUAAGCCACUGUCCUAAUCUCUUUACCUCGGAUUCUAAUCUUGCAAGAACGAGGUACCACUUCCUAUCUCUCUCUCCGAACACCAAUGCAUUUCGAUUGGAGACUCUUCAAGUAGUAUCGGUUGCUUCUGCACUCAGAUUUCUAGUUGGGAUUGAAGAUCUUUUAGUGUGCCUGGUUCUGUUGGAUUCAUCUAGUAUUAAUGGUGAAAAAGGCUAAAAAGAAGAUACGAAGCACUCAGAAGGAGAGGCGAGUUUCCUCUGCUUCUCCUAAAACUAUUCCCUCGAACUUGAAUCCAACGGAUGAGAUUGGAGGUACUGGAGUAGUAGUAGUAGUCAAUGAGAGAAAAGCAUGUACCCAUCUCAGUAAGGGUGUUGAUUUGGGUAUAAUCUCUUCAAAAAUUGGUUCAGUCGAAUCGGUUAGGUGCGAAGACUGUAGGGAAGAUGGGGUUGAUCGGAGGUCAGCUAAGGGAAGGAGUAAAUCUGGGAAGAAGAAAGGAACAGGUCAUUUGGAUGCAAAGUCGGAUUUAAGAUCCAUUUGGGUCUGCUUGGAAUGUGCGCAUUUAGCUUGUGGAGGGAUUGGAUUGCCGACAAUUCCCCAAAGCCAUGCUGCUAGGCAUGCCAGACAAUAUCGUCAUCCUUGUGUGAUUCAAUUUGACAACCCUCAACUCCGCUGGUGCUUCCCAUGCAAUUCACUAAUUCCAGUAGAAAAAUCGGAAGAUAAUGGUGAACAGAAAGAUAUCUUAUUGGAUGUAGUUAAAUUAAUCAAAGGGCAAUCAUCAGUGGGAGCUUCAGUUGAUGUUGAAGAUGUUUGGUUUGGUGGUGGCAAUGCUAGGAACAAAUCGGUGUUUGACAACAUUGGAUCAGGAAUUUUAGACAGUGGUUAUAGAGUAAAGGGCUUGGUUAACCUUGGGAAUACUUGCUUCUUCAAUUCAGUAAUGCAGAACCUUUUUGCCAUUGAUAUGUUGCGGGACUAUUUCAUGAAGUUGGAAUGGUCUUUUGGGCCUCUGACGACAGCUUUAAAGAAGCUUUGCAGUGAAAUAUGUCUGGAUGUGGAUUCAAGGAGUGCGAUAAACCCAAAAUCCUUCUUUGGGUGCAUAUGUUCCAAAGCUCCCCAAUUUAGGGGAUACCAGCAACAGGACGGCCAUGAAUUGCUCAGGUGCUUGCUUGAUGGCUUGUGUACUGAGGAGUUAGAGGCUAGAAGAUUACGGGAUUCUUAUGGGAAAGAGGGAACCACUUCAAAUCAUGGUCCCCCUUUUGUAGAUGCAAUAUUUGGGGGACAACUCUCAAGUACUGUUUGCUGUCUGGAGUGUGGACACUCCUCCAUUGUUUAUGAGCCCUUUUUGGAUCUCUCAGUGUCAGUGCCAACUAAAAAAUCUCCACCUAAGAAGGCUCUGACAGUCUCACGAUCCAGGAAACCAAAGUUGCCUCCUAAGAAAGGAGGGAGAAAUCAUUUAAAGCAGGGUACUAACUCCUCCCCGAAACACGAGCCUGGUCCUGGUCCAUCAGAAAGCAAUAAGUCCUCUUCUCUUAAUCCAUCUAUUGUGCCUGUUGCCGAACAAUCGGUGGCUUCAGUUGAUGAUUCUUCUUGGUUGGAUUUCGUUGAAACAGGUAAUGGAUCGGAGUUUCUUGUUUCAGUUCCACAGAAUCAGGACAUCUCAGAUGCUCAAGAUUCUGGUGACAAGCAGGUCUUUGAGGAUGUUGCAGAGCAGAGACCUGGGCCAUCAGAUGAUGUUUCAAGGUUUGAUUACGUACAACCAGGUGAACUGGCUGCUGAGUGCCAUUCAGUUCCGCAAAAUUAUGAUACCUCAGCCAUUCAAGAUUCUGAAUACGUGCCAGUUAUCCAGAAUGGCAUGUUACAGGAUGGCUCCGCCUUGCUGAGCCAGGGUGGUUAUCCUAAUGCGGAACCAAAGUUGAACUUAUAUUGUUCUCAAAGUAAAUCUUGUGAGGAUGAGCUCCCUUCACAGGUUCAAAGUUCAGAAGUUGUGUUGCUUCCCUUUAAAGAGGAAAACUCAACCACUGAAGAAAUUUUGAGAAAAGAAGGUGAGGCUUCCACGUCUCUUGCAGGAUGUGAACCAGCUAGGUUAGACUUUGAUGGCUUUGGGGACUUAUUUAAUGAGCCUGAGAUGGUUCCUGAUCCCAAUACAGAAUCCUGGUCAGGUGACGUGAGCUUCCAGUCCCAAGCAACUGAAAUGACAGAAACAAGUUUUGUAGCGGGAAACAGCAGUGACUCCUGUCCAGAUGAAGUUGAUAAUACGGAUGCACCAGUCUCUGUUGAUAGUUGUUUGGCUUAUUUUACGAAGCCUGAGCAUCUCUCUGACAAGCGUGCAUGGCAUUGUGAAAAUUGUUCUAAGAUUUUGCAAGGCCUAAGGAGGAUGGAAGGUAAGGGCGGUCUGCAGAAAACCACACCAAGGACUAGAAUGAAUGGAGUUGAGGUAAGAAGCGGCAAUGCCCCAUUGGGUUUCAGCAAGGAUUCCAUGGAUCUCGCUGAAUGCAGUCAUUUGGACAAUGGGAAGCUUGAAAAUGAUACUGUUUCCUCAACUACUGCUGAAAGCUUGCCUAUGACUAAUAUGAGACUUGAUGAUUCAAACCAAAAUUGUAUAAAGCUUGAAAACUGUCAAAAGGGUGAGGAGACAGUUUCAGAGUUUGUAAACCCCAUUUCCAAUUGUCUAGAUUGCUUGAAAAUUUCUCAAGGGGACAAAAUACUUGGUUUGUUGAAUCAUUCUACUGAGGGGCAAACACCAACUUUGGAUAAUCAAACCAGUGAUUCGUGUAUUCUGGAUGAGUAUAACUGUCUACAAUGCGAAACUGCUCAAGCACAGCCUAAGGUUUCCCAGCCUUUGGCUAGAGUAUGUGACUCAGAUGAGGAAGUGGACUCAAAAAGUGUGAAAGUAAUGAGAGAUGCAACUAAAAGGAUUCUCAUCAAUAGGGUCCCACCCAUCCUGACCAUUCAUCUUAAGAGAUUCUGUCAAGAUUCCCGUGGCCGCUUAAGCAAAUUGAGUGGUCAUGUUAGUUUCAAAGAAACAAUUGAUCUUCGGCCAUAUAUGGACUCCAGGUGUGGAGAAGAGAGAGAUAAGUGUGAAUACCACCUAGUUGGGGUGGUGGUGCAUUCUGGCACCAUGCGAGGUGGCCAUUAUAUUGCAUAUGUGAGAGGCAAUAAAAGUCAAGGAAGAAAUGAAAAGUUCAGUGGCGAAUCCACAUGGUACUAUAUCAGCGAUUCCCAUGUCCGUGAGAUUUCUCUUGCAGAGGUCCUGCAAUGUGAGGCAUACAUAUUAUUUUAUGAAAAAACUUGAAGAUCCUUUUCUUGUUCAUUCACACCCAUGUUUGGCAAUACCGAGCCUGGAUGCAGUUAAGCACCUCCAACAAAAGUGGAAAGGAGAGUAAAAGAAGGGCUUGAGAAGCAGAGGUGAGUGUAACAACAGUUUUGGUUGCAGAGGAUGAUUCAUUAUUAGUUUUGUAAAAGGGAGAGUUUUAUUUCAUUUUUUUACAGAGGGUAUACUAUUAAUGAGUAUAUACAGAGUGAAGUAAAUUGGAGAAAAGGAAAAAAAAAUUAUUGUAUUUCAUAUGGGUUAGGAAGAUACCCAUUUUUUGAUAUUCAUAAGCCAUUCAUGAUUCUCUUUCAAAUUGAUUCCUACAGCAGUACAUUUUAAUGGUCC